ACAACUUUAUUGAAGAAAUCCAUUAUGGCUUCGUCUCAGAGAGAAGAAAUCCCUACCACUAAUGAGGGCAUGGGCCAGCCGCUCUCGGCUACAAAUCAAGUGUUGACCGCUGGUGCUGCGGUGACCCAGGACUUUCGACCAGUCAAGAGUAUUUGUGCUCAUCUCAAUGCAUUUCAUGCAUACGCAGAUGAUCCCAAGCGGUUUGUGGAAGCCAAUCACUACUGCGCCCACCUGAAUGAUGAUGUUCGACAGUGUCUCCUAUACGACUCUGAUGAACCCACCGCACGCCUAAUUGGGAUAGAAUACAUGAUCACCCCGAAACUAUACGACACGCUCUCCAAGGAGGAGCGCAAACUCUGGCACUCUCACGUGUACGAAGUAAAGUCCGGCAUGCUCAUCAUGCCCAAUCGCGCCGUGCCAGAGUCCGCAUGGGAGGUCGCUGAAAACAUGGAGAUGGAUCAGGUAGUCCAUCUGUACGGCAAGGUGUAUCAUCUGUGGCAAACAGAUAGGGGUGAUACACUUCCUCUGGGCCCGCCGAAGCUCAUGACGAGUUUUACGGCUGAUGGCCAGUUUGACUUUAAGCAUGUGAGGGAUAGGGAUAGGAGAUUUGGGGUGGAUUAUGAGCAGAAGCGAGAGGCCAGGAAGGACAUUCCAGUCCCAGUUAUUCACGAGGAUGCAGACCAAGCCUGGAAGAAACAAUGA